AUGUGGACAUCUCCUUCAAUCCUCGGUUUCUUAGCCCUGGUCGUCGUUCUGGGAGCAGACCAGAGUUCGGGAAGUUGCCAAUGCGACGAGGCACCUCUGAGGAAGUUCGACAUCCAGGCGCUCCUGAGAUGUGGCGGAAACUCCAUGGCAUAUUCCAUCCUGGAGGCUCCUGGUUCCCCACCGCACUGUCAACUGGACGCCAUUGACCAGGAUAGGGAUGGUAACUUAAUCUGCUACAUGUUUUCCGAAGGUGGAAUCUGUUCCAGAACACCUCACACCUACUACAGCCGUGGUGGGAUCAGUAACCCCAAUGCCCUCUCGAGGGACCUCGGUGGUUGUGCUAUGACCAAGUCCCUGAUUGUGGAUACCGAUAAUUGCAACUACCUUGUUCACACAGAAUGCUACGCCAAUGGAUCAGUAUACAAAUACCUGACCUACAAGGAGUCGUGGCCAAGAGCCUCCAGGGAUGCAUACAUUAGGGCUGCUGUGACCAAGUUUCAAAUUUCUUACAUCAAGGACUACUCGAUCGACUGCGAGAACGGGAUCCCGUGA